AUGGAAAUUGAUAUUGGUAAUAACGGUAGUGAGAUUGAUGAUGCUGACGAUGACGAUCAAAUGCAGAUAGAGAAAGAGGAACAUGAAAUUGAAAGCUUAAAUAGAGAUAUAGUUAGAAAUGUAUUGUUAAAGAGUAGACAGUAUAGAGCGAUGCAGACAGAGGGUCAUCAUCAGCUAUUGAUGUCAACUCAAAAGAUGAACAUGGCACAGAAAGCACUCUAUUUCAAUCAUCUACAAUCACAGCUAUUCAAUCAAGGCAAUCUACUUCAGUUUGCAACUGACGAUGACAACAGUGAUAUUCAUAGUUAUUAUAGUAAUAGCAGCAGUAAUAGUAAUUCCAAUAGAUUAAGUAGUAUUUUCAUUUAUAAUGAAAACAUUCAUAAUAGUAAUAGUAGUAAUAACAGUAGUGGUAGUAAUGGUGAUGAUUAUAUAGAUGAUGUCGAUGAUGAUGUUCAUAACGAUACAACUGUUCUCCUCACUGAUUCACAUGAUUAUGAAAACUUUGAUGAUGGAAUGGUUGAAGAGAAUAUGUUCAAUGGAAAUACAAAUGGAAAUGGAAAUGGAAAUGGAAAUGUAAAUGGUAGUUUCCAUAUCAACAAGAGUAUUGCCAUGAGUAUGAAGGAUUUCGAAGAAGAUACUGAGCCUAUGGAUUUAGGUGGUGGAGAUAGUCAUAGAGAAGAGGAAGAAGAAGUAAAUAAUAUAAAUCUAGUAAAUCAACUAAACAAAGUUACCAAUGAAGCACUACAAGAUAAGAUUACUCUCAAUGAAACUAGUGUUGAAAAUGAUGAACCAAUUUCAAUUUCAAACCCAACACCAAUUUCAAUUUCAAAUCCAAUAAAUUUGAAAUUGGAAAAUAAUAACAGUAGUAACGAUGAUCAACAUAUAAAUAAAGAAUCAGAAGAUCUACUACACCACCAAGAUAAUAAUAAUAAUUUAGAUAGUAGUGGUAGUAUUAAUAAACCUGUAGAAGAAGUGGAACCAAAGAAAGAAGAAACAAAAAGACAACCACUUUCAAUUACUCAAUCGAAACCAAGAAGAACAGGAAAGAAACAAUGUGAUUAUUGUGGUGACACUAAUCCUCUCUAUUGGAGAAAUGGUCCGAACGGUUUGAAAACUCUAUGUGGAGAUUGUGCACCAAAGUGGGCAGAUGGAAAAAUACAUGUGCCAUUAAGGUCGGCUAAUGAUGACGCUGUCGUCAGUCCCUCUGAGGAACCGGUUGAUGAAGUUCCACCUCCAUCCGAAAAGCCAGCUAGACCAACCAGAAAAACAAACAAACCACCAGCACCAGCAGAGAAACCAUCAAAAGCGUCUGCCAAAGCAGUAGCUAAGUCAGCGGCAGCCAGAGCAAGCAAGCCACCUGCACCUGCCAAAGCACCUGCUAAAACAAGAGCUACAAGAAAACAGACCGCUGCUGCUGCUUCUAAUGAGAUUCCAUCUCAGAAUGAAACGGGAUUGCCUGUUGAACCAACAAGAAAGCGUCCAGGUAGAAAGAAAAAGAUGCCGGUAGAGGAAAUAGUAGUCGCAGUGGAACCUAUUGUAGAGCCAGAGGAGGAAGACGAAGAAAAAGAGGAAGACGAAAUAGAACAACAGAUCAAUAUUGUUAAAACAAGAGCUAGAAAUUAUAUAGAGAAAAAAGAGAAGAAAGUAAAGGAAAAGAAAGAGAAGGAAAAGGAAAAGAAGGAUAAGGAAAAGGAAAAGGUUGAGGAGAAAGAGAAAGAUAAAUUAAUUGUAAAUAAUAAUAUAAAAGCCAAAGUAAAUAAUAAUAGUAAUAGUGGUAUAAAAGUUAAUAAUAAUAAUAAUAGUGAAAGUAAAGUAGAUCCAUUAAGUAAAUUUAAAUCAGUUUUGAAUCAGGUAGCAUCAAGUCUAAGAGCUAAUAAGGAGAAGCAACAACAACAACAGAAAGAGAAGGAAAGGGAAUUGGAGUAUGAACAAGCACAGGCAAGCAAAGAGAUCAAUUCUGACCAUUGGACAGAGGAAGAAAUCAAUAAUUUUAAUAGUGCGCUUAAAUCAUCCAGACCAACAGAUGUCAACUACUGGCAGAAAGUAUCUAAUGCAGUUGGAACUAAAUCCGCUGAACAAUGUCAAUUAUACCAAUCGAAUAAAUUCUCUACUCCAAAUAAAAAGCGAAAGAAGGAGGCAGAGAAAGAGAAAGAUCCAUCACCAUUUAAAUUGAAUCCAAAAUCAUUGAAUACACUAAAGACUAAAAAGAAACUAAGAGAGUUUAUUGAAGAGCAAACAAGAUCAAAGAAACAGAAUUUAAUUGAUACAACACCAUUUAAGAAGAUGAAUAAGCAGUUUAUUACAGAUGAUAACGACUCAUCGAUGGAGGAUCUGUUCGACUUGAAUUCAAAUGGUGAUAAUAAUCAAGAGGUUGAUAUUAAUAGUAAUAAAUCAAAUAACAACAACAAUAACAACUUAGUAAACAAAGAAGUAGUUGACAAUGAUUCAGUUACACCACUAAAGCUAAACAAGGAUUACUGGGGUAGUUAUAUCCAUAGAUUUACCAAUCAAGUUACAAAAGAAAAGAAACACCAGCUUAAGCAUCAAGCAUCAACGACAUCUACAACAACGACAACAUCUACAACAUCUACAACACCCAAAAGUGUAAAUAGCAAACACCAUAGUAAACCAACUAGAGAAGAACAAAUUCAAUCUUUGAUGAGAAUAGCAUAG